AUGGUAUAUGGGAAUUUGCAUGGUGUCAGCUCCUCCUUAACAUCACGUGACUUGAUGAAGUUCGCCUUAGACAUCGCCAAUGGAAUGAUGUUUCUUUCCUCAAUGUCCAUUCUCCACAGAGAUCUUGCCGGACGGAAUAUUUUGGUGGCUGAAGACAGAACAUGUAAGAUAUCGGACUUUGGUUUCGCUAAGGACGUCAUUAAAAGUCACCAAUAUGAGAGAAAGACACAGGGCCGUUUACCAGUACGCUGGAUGUCUCCAGAAGCACUGUAUGACAACAUAUUUACCACACAGUCUGAUGUGUGGGCGUAUGGUGUACUGCUCUGGGAGAUUGUCACACUGGGUUCCAGUCCCUACCCUGGUAUGUCAGCCAAGCAGGUGAUGGAGGCUAUAACUGAGGGAUACCGGAUGCCACAACCACCACACUGUUCACAGGAUAUGUAUAACAUCAUGUUGUCUUGCUGGGAGGACAAUCCAAGUUCACGACCCUUGUUCAAAGCAAUAACUGUGUCCUUGAGUGACCUUUUGUCCCGAGACUACGAGGUUCUAACUCUUGGAAAGUUUGAGGAGAAGCUUUAUGAAGAUAUUGACCAAUUUAGGCUUGAUGAAAAAUGCUAA